UCAAAAUUGUUCUACAUGUUUGAAUAUUCAGAGUCUAAAGGAUUACCAAUACUGAUACCUCCUAAUGAUCUGAUCUCUGUGUCGACCGAAAAAUCAAACGAUAUAUCAGAAAUUAACUUAGACGGAGAUUAUAAGGAAUAUUUUGAAUGCCAUCAAGAAGAGGAUAAUGUUACACUCACGGUUACUUUGAAGGAUAAACCAUUGCCUUUCGAUGUUGUGGGUCCCAUUGCAUUAACGCUGAGUCUCAAAACAGAUAAAACUGCCAGCGCGGCAAUUAUAAUCUCCGUGGAACAUGAAGCAACAGCGGAUGAAGACGUGCCGGUAUUCUUAGAAUCGUAUUACGUAUUAACAUAUACAGAAAAAGAUGAUAUUCCAAAUCUAACCCCACCAGCAACAACGAUAUCCGUAGUUACUAAAAAGCCUCAAGACAUCGAAGACAUUACGUUGACUGGCGAUUAUAAUGAAUAUUUCCAAUGCAUGCAAGAGUCAGAUAAUAUUACAUUCACAAUUGCUCUGAAAGACAAACCAUUGCCGUCCGAUGUUGUCACCGCAGUGGUCUUAACAUUGAGCCUAAGAACUGAUCACGUUGCCAAUACCACCAUAAUUGUGUCAGUGGAAAUUAAGACUGAAGAAGAUGUGCCUGUUUUUUCAAAAGCGUCCUACAUGUUCACCUAUUCGGAAUCUGGAGGAUUACCAAUACUGACUCCUCCUACUGAUGUCAUCUUUGUUGUCACUGAAAAACCCAACGAAAUAUCAGACAUCAGCUUAGAAGGAGAUUAUAAGGAAUACUUCGAAUACCAUCAAGAAGAGGAUAAUGUUACGUUCUCGGUUAAUUUGAAGGAAAUCCUAUUGCCUUUUGAUGUUGUCGGUCCAAUUGCAUUAACGUUGAGCCUCAAAACAGAUAAAACUGCCAACGCCGCGAUAAUAAUCUCCGUGAAACAUGAAGCACCAACGGACGAAGACGUGCCAGUAUUUUCAGAACCUUAUUACGUAUUGUUUUAUAAUGAAACUAAUGAUAAUCCAGCUUUAACACUAGCAUCAUCCACGAUAUCAGUGGUUACUAGAAAACCGCAAAAUAUCGAAGACAUUACGUUGACUGGAGAUUAUAAUGAAUAUUUCCAAUGCAAGCAAGAGUCAGAUAAUAUUACAUUCACAAUUGCUCUGAAAGACAAGCUAUUGCCGUCCGAUGUUGUCACCGCAGUGGUCUUAACAUUGAGCCUCAGAACUGAUCACGUUGCCAAUACCACCAUAAUUGUGUCAGUGGAAACUAAGACUGAAGAAGAUGUGCCUGUUUUUUCAAAAGCGUCCUACAUAUUCACGUAUUCGGAAUCUGGAGGAUUACCAAUACUGACUCCUCCUACUGAUGUCAUCUAUGUUGUCACUGAAAAACCCAACGAAAUAUCGGAUAUUAGCUUAGAAGGAGAUUACGCGAAGUAUUUCGAGUGGCAUCAGGGGGACGAUAAUAUAACAUUUACAAUCACGUUGAAGGACGAACCUCUUCCAGAGACCACAGCCAGUCCAGUCGUGCUAACAUUAAGCCUUAAAACUGACAACGUCGCCCGCGUUGUGAUACUCGUCUCCAUAGAAAACGCAACCGCACUAGACAUUGAUGUUCCCGUGUUCUCUAAAGCGUUUUAUACUCUUACUUAUUCCCUAUCAACAGAAGUCAUAACAUCCAGCGAUACGAUUUCCUUGGUGACAGAAAAACCAAGCGACAUAUCAGAAAUUCGUUUAGAAGGAGAGUAUGAAGAUUACUUUAUCGUUACCCACGCGGAAGAUGCGAAAACGUUCGAAAUUUCAGUGAAAGAUGAAAAACAGCUACCGUCGAAUGCACCAAGCCCAGUACUCUUAACACUAAGUGUCCAGACAGACCGUGCAGCCAGUGUCGCCAUAGUCAUAGCAAUAGAUGAAUCGACUGAAGUGGUAGUGGACGUGCCCGUGUUCACGCGAAGCUUUUACUCUUUUAAUUACUCCGAGAAGUCAUUGGCACCCCACGAUGGACCGAUCUACGUGGUGACCAAAAAACCAGAUAGCGUUACCGACGUUCAAAUCGAUGGAGACUACGCGAAAUACUUUUCCUACAAGCAAGGCGAAAACGAAACAAGCUUCAUCCUCACGCUAGAAGUUGAUCUACCAUCCGAUGUGGAAAGUCCGAUUACGCUAACGUUCAGUGUGACAACGGACACAACCGCUAGAGUAAUCCUUAUCGUUUUUGUUGGUAACGACUCGCCCGAGGUAGAUAUAGAUAUUCCAAGGUUUUCCCGGUCAUACUACUCCUUCACCUACACUGAAAAUGAUGGAAAAGCUCUGCUUGCCUCUAACGACGGUGAUGUCACGGUAACGACGCAAAAACCUGAUAGUGUUAGCGAUGUGAAGCUGUUGGGAGAUUACCGGGAAUAUUUCGCAAUAAAAGUGGAUAAGACGACAAUAACAUUAACUGUCUCGCGAACUCUGCCAAAUAACACACCCACGCCCGUGAUUUUGAUGCUGACCUUGAAGACUGAUGUCGAGACGAGCGUGAACUUCAUCGUGAACAUCAAGAAUGAAGAUUCAACCCCACAGUUUAGCAGCCCUUACUUCAUCGGAACUUACAACUCAACCACCAAGCAGAUCGACAUGGAUGACAAAAUCGAAAUAACAGGGAAUCCAACACUGAAAAUAUCCGAGGACUCUGGCUGUUCGUCGUACUUCGAUUUGGUAAAAGACGGCACUGGAUAUCGUUUAACUGUCACCAAAGCUUUACCAUCGGACGUACUAGAACAAUCUAGUUUAGUUCUAGUUGUGGUCGCCCGGUUAAAUGGAAAGGACGUCGCAUUCGCGACAGUGGUCAUUAAUCUGCCUGUUGAAUCGAUGCUGCCCCCUAGUGAAUCCGACGACAAAUCCUCAACCAUUACGGCUUAUAUGAUAACCGUUAUAGUUCUGUGCAUUGUGCUGACCAGUAUAAUAGUGGCGAUGAUUUUGCUGUGGUAUUUCAAAAUUAGGAAUACGAGUUACGUGGAGCUCGAGGAAACUUCAAGCGGCAACACAAAUUUCGGCAAAAAAAACUCAAACGUAAACAUUGACGACGUGAUAAGAAGACCCACUGGAUAUCCGUUCGGACCACACGGGGAUGCGACGUACACCGUGUCCGGAGAGGAAACGGCUAACGAGUAUGACAUUCCGAAUGACCCUGAACUCAACAAAGGGAAAAGGGUGGCCUUCGACAACGUGGUUCAAAGUAUAGAUGUGGACGUCGAUAGAGAACUUUCUGAAGGCGGUAACAAUCUCCCGCGUAGGCGUCCGACGGGUUUUGUUUUUAACCCCCCUCCCCCGGAAGAGGACACUGUUAGCGUAGACAAUCCAAUCUACAAGAGCGAGUAUGAGAUUCCAAUAGAUGCUGGGCAAAACAACAUCCUUUAUGCUGAGGCCGACAGUGACAGGUUAAGCAAAAUAGACGCCAGUUCAAACGGGCUGACGUUCGGAUAUCCGAUGGAAGAGGGUCUCUACGAAACAUCGGAUUCGCUAGGCAUAGACAAGGAGAGAAAAAAAUCGGUUGCGUUCGACGACAGAAUCGAAAGGAUGCAGAUAGAUGCGGUGAAGGAUGACGAGGAUGAAAUAAGCGACAGCGAAAACUUAGACAGGGCCAUCUAAACAGAUUUAAACGUUGUAAAUUAAGUAUUGUUAAUAAACGUUAU